UUCGUUUCGCGCGCUGGCGUCAGUUACUCGGCUACGUUCAGCACGUCACUCGCUCGCCGCCGAUCGUGCAGCGCGCUCGCAGCGAUAUUCCCGCACGUACAGUAACACGGAAGCCGUCGACACGCGGAAGGCCUGACCGUGUCCGAUCGGGAGAGUAACAGAGGAUCGUCCCCGCGCUUUCUCGUACGAUGAUCGUCGUCGCGAGGCCGUAGCCCGCGACGAAGCAAGUCUCACGGCUCAGUGUCCCGGCGGCGGUUUUACCCUACGCGCGUUAUUUGGAUUAAAGUAGAGUAUCGACGAGCGCACACGCACACCCGAAGACAACCACGAUGCUUCGGCAGAACUACCUCGCCCUGGGAGUGUUCGGCUGCGUCCUCCUGCUGUCGGCGACCACCGCGGACAACAGCGUGCACAUACUGUCCAAGUACGGCCACCAGCCGCUCACCUCGACCACGCUCAAGUGGCUACCGGUGGCGCAUUACAACCCGAGCGAAUUGAAGGAGAUAGUCAUCGGUGGCGUCGAGAACGCCGGCGAAGACGACAGCUUCGUUAAUCAAGCGGAGGCGAGGAGGUCGGCGCUGUACGUAUGCCGUGCGAUGCACAAUGGCGUAUGGGUGGCCGGCACGCAAAAGGAAAAGGAGAGGGUCUGCACUGUGACGAUACACGGCGUCGUGCAAUCGUACGAGAAGUACGAGCUGCUGGAGAACAUCGACGGGGCGGCGCGGAUCGCGUGGGUCCACUGGAACAAGUACAUGCAGCCACACCUGGGAGCGGUGUACGUCGACAGCAUGCUGGUGGCCCGGUACGAGGUCCCCAAGGACAGGAGGAAGCCGCGGUACAGCCACUACAUCGGCACACUCAACUCGGGCGAGAACUUUGGCACCAUCGUCUACGUAAACGAGGACGGCAAGGAGGAGUCCACGAAGUACGGCGAGCUGCUGGUGGAGACCGAGCCGAUCCGUUACGAGCUGAGCGCCGUUAAACUCAACUGGCUUAAGAGGCGCGAUAUCAAGCGCGUACCUCGUGUGCUCAACAAGGCGAUGAUCGUCAACCGCGGAGCGCAGCCGGCGAAUCUGGCGGAGGCCUGCGCGUACAAGUACAAAUACUCGGUCUACUGGGGCCGCAGGCACGCCAUCCUCAACGGUCUGAGCACCACGAUCACGCUUAUCAACGGCACGUCCUUGCCGAACAUAACGUGGGGUACGCGUGACGAGGAGAAUCGCACGGAGGCUUACGACGUGCAAGUCUAUCUGGAGCCUGGCACAGGCGUGAACGUGACUCUGAAGGCCGACUACACGGACAUGGAGGUGCCGUACACCGCGACGUUGAUCUCGCACUACGAGGACGGCGCGACGACGACGCGCGUUAUCAGCGGCACGCGGCAGGAGGAAACGUUGUUAGACAUCACGGCGGAAAUGGGGCCCAUCUACUUCCUAGGCAAUUUCAGCCUGAUGCCGACCACCGUGCCGCCGCCCACCACGACCACCGAGCCACCGACCACCACGACGACGAUGAUGACGACGACGACGACGGCGACGACGACGAAGCAGCCGCAGGAGGCAAGCCGGGCGACGCACCGGCACCGAACGGACGACGCGUCGGACACGAUGGACCACGACGAGAACCUGAUUCUACCGCCGAAGAAGACGGACACGUCGACGGGCAUGCAGAGCGACGACGGCGGUCCGCUGUCGCUCAAGGACAAGGUGGGGCUGAUGUACUCCGGUGCUACAUCCACCGCGCUCCAAUCGAGCCUGCUGGCGCUCGUGGUCCCGCCGCUGCUGCUUUCGAUCCUCCACAGAAUCACGUGAAGGCCCGAUCGCGCGUUUGCCGUCGCCACCGCCGUCGUCGCCUCUAAACGUUAAUUCCUAAUUCCCGCAAUAGUAACGUAUGAUAAUAUAACCCAGUAGACGACACAGUAAACGAAAACGGAAAAAGGCAAAAAAAGAAUUACAGAGAAAAAAGAAGAAAAAAUAUAUAUAUAUAUUAUAUCUAUAUACGCGGAAAGAAAAUUGCUGUAAUUUCGUACGUAGCGAUUGUCGCGCGAGUGACCUCUUUAUUUCAACACACACGUACAUACACGCAUCGCAGUGACGCGGUGCUGAUAUAUGCUUGCCUUUAAAGAAGAAACUCGAUAUUUAAUACAUAAUAUAUCUAUAUUAUUAUAUACGUACACACACACACCCACACCCAUACACACAUACAUGCGUCUUAGGGUAGCGGAGGAGAGAACGAGAGGAAAGUAUCUUCGCGAUUGAGAACAAUGGAGCUAGUCUCACGACGAUGAGUCAAGUACAAGAGCGAGAUCGCAGCGACCGAUGUGCGAGGUGAAUUUUACCUGGCCGCGAAACGUUCACCGUUAUACUGUUGAAAAGCCGACCGCAUAACAUUCCGUCUUUUUCUAAUCCCGCUGUGAAUCGACUUUCCAGCUGUAACGUAUGUCUUAUGCCUUCGCGUAACUUUAGGACCUUUAGGGAGACCAGUCGCUUCAAAGGACGGCGUGUUCUUUUUAUUUUUUAGAACGGUUGAAGAGAAAGAAAGAGAACUUGUAAAUGCCGCGAAUAACGUCUUGGACGAGUUAGGUAGCGUAUACGUCGAGUCGGGAGGCGAAUAGAAGUUAAGCAACGGAGAAAAAACAAAGAGAGCAAGAUAUGCGUGAGUUAAUUCAGCUACGAUAUAUUUUUGAGAAUGCCGUAUAAUUUUAGAAGAUUGUAAAAUUUAAGGAUAGCAAAUAAGAGAGCAAACCAUAUAAAGUGUAGGACUGGAUGGGUACAGUUUUUUUUCCCCCGCGAUACUGAUUUAGUCCCAAGGCUGUUACAGCGAGAUGACAAACGUGCGAGCGAAUCGUAACUCCAAUGCGUGAUAACCGUCGUAAUGUCGUGUCGCGAUAACGUUAGGUGACAACAAUCGAACUUACGAUCGCAGAAAAUUUAUGAAAUAUUUGUUGACGCGUGUCCUUUUGGUUUCAAGCAGUUCGAUAAACGACGCGUACCCAUCCGUCGCCAGUGUGCAAAGUGAUAGGACUUGCAGGUUUCUUAGAGUACUGUUGAAGAAGAUUGUAACGAUAAAAGGGGGGGGGGAGGAGAACCAUUGGUAUAUAUAUAAUAUAAAUAGCUGAAUAAUCCAUUAAUAAGGAAGAGAAUAGAAUAUUUUGGUACCGCGCGUGCGAAGUAUAGAAUUAUUGAGUUGGACACGUUUCGUGGAAAAAAAUUUUUUUCCGAGAGAGACUCAGGCGACGAGGACGGUCAUAUUUCAUACGAGGUUGCGUUGUCAGCGUUUUUACCGAAGAAGUAUCCACAUAUGUGUAUAUAAUAUGUAUUUCUAUGAUCUUGAUAGUUGUAAUAUUGUGUAGUAAGCUUAUUUAUGUAACAUGAUUUAUAGGUAUUUUCUCGAUCGAUAGCGUCGCACACAAGUACAAUUCUUAUAUUUUAUUAUUAACCGAUGAUGAAAAUUGUAGGAUUAGCGCGAAAAACCCGUUUAUUUCGGACUAAAGCGGACGUGUCUCUAACGACGUUUAUCAACGUAAGCCUAAUCACGCCUAUUGUGAUAUUCAAUGAAAAAAAAUCUCACGUAGACACGAAGAGAAGGUGAAGAGAGCGUUAUAUUGAGCGAUUCGUGAUUGCGAGAGAAAGCAAUAAUUCGUUGCGAGAUCGAGAAACUUGCCGGGAAGCGAGAUAUGGAGCGACGAUACAUAUAAAACGAACGCAAAUAAAAUUUGUGGUACCUAUGAUAUUUCUUCGAUAUUCCGAGUAAACUGACAAAACAAACGCGACGUGAGUUAACGAGUGGCGGCGCAAUUUUAACGUAAAUCUCGACGGGGAGGGAAGCUGUGCGCUCACGCGAGAUCACAGAUCAGCGUUUAAUUUCACGACAAUUCACCCUGUACGCCGGUAGGCAGACGUAAAGUGACCCUUGAAGAAACUAGUUAUAGACCUCGGCGAGGCCAAGAUAUCCGUUCUAAAAAUAUCUGUACUCUCAACACGGAUGUAUUAUUUGUGAAUAAUGCUGCUGUAUUGUACAUUAUCAUGUAAAUAUAAACGCUAUGUACAUACAAAAA